GUUUGCCACGGCGGGAAUUUCCCCGCUCUCCCAGUUCUAUCGCUGCUCUUCUCCACCUCAGUUUCACGGAUCUCAUAUUUUUCAUCAGAUCCCAAGCAGGCGGCCAUGUUGUCUGCCGAUCAGUUCGCCGGAGCCCCCCUAUUCACUGGUGGCGCCUUCUUGCCUUCCCAGUCCAUUGAUUCCUCCAUUUCUCCCACCAAGUCGCAGAUCCGGACCCCAAAUACCUUGAUCCCCAUGACGGCGAAGCAGAUCAUAGAAGCCUACCACUCCAGUGAGGACAAACCCGCCAUUAUCGUCGACGGGAUAGAGCUUGCCAACGUCAAGCUGGUGGGGCUGGUCAUGAACAUGAUGGAGAGAGACACCGAAGUGUCCUUCACCCUAGACGAUGGUACUGGACGGAUUGAUUUUAGAAGAUGGGCAAACGAGAGUUCAGAUACGGGCGACACUGCUUUUAUUCAGAAUGGGAUUUAUGUGAAGGUCCAUGGUCACUUGAGAGGCUUUCAAGGCAAAAGACAUGCGUUAGCCUUCUCUGUCCAGUUAUUAACGGAUUUCAAUGACAUUGUACUCCACUUCUUAGAGUGCAUUCAUAUACAUCUGGGGCACAUCAGAGUGAAGGUACUGCCAUUUUUUGAGGGAGACACUGCUCGAAUGCAGAUGAAUAUUAACAUAGGCCAAUCAUUCUCAAAUGGAAGGGAGUACCUAGCGCCUUUCCCCAACCAAUUUCUGGCUCACUCAACCAUGGAUGGAUCAGGAAAAGAUGUCUAUAGUUUGGUUUUGAAAAUGUUCCAAGAACCAGCUAUGCUUGCCAGUGAACAUGGGUUGCAUGUUGAUGAGCUUUUCAGAAGGCUGGGUUUACCAAAGAAUCAAAUCAUGGAAGCCAUAAACUACCUAGUCGAUGUGGGCCACAUUUACUCAACCGUGGAUGAGUAUCACUUCAAGUCUGCAAAUAAUUGCUAAUAAAUGACACUGACCAACUGAAAAGAAAAUAUGUGUUCAUAGCCAUGCUGAACUUUAUUAUUUGUUUCUGUUGGUUUCUGUGCCCUCUUAAGUUUCAACACGAAUUAUUGGUAUUGCAUAUA